UAACUUAUAAAUCUUACAAAUUAAUUUCACUAUAUUUACUCUUUAAAACAAAAAUUACAAGAGUUCAUACAAUAUGGCAUUUCCAUCAAAAUUCUCUUUGCUUUUUCUCUUUGCAUCCAUCUUCGUCCAGAGUUCUGUAGGAGAGCUGAUAUGCGAAGAAUUACCAAGCGAUUUGUGUGUAAUGGCAAUCGCUUCAUCGGGGAAGAGGUGUGUGUUAGAAAAAUAUAGGAAUGAUAUAGAGGAGACAGAGUACCAAUGUAGAACAUCAGAAGUGGUGGUAGAAAGAAUGUCCGAGCACAUUGAGACUGAUCAAUGCGUUAAAGCUUGUGGAGUUGAUAGAAAGAUGGGUGGCAUCUCAUCUGAUAACUUGCUUGAACCUCAAUUCACUGCUAAACUUUGUUCUCCUUCUUGUUACAACAAAUGCCGCAAUGUUGUUGAUCUCUACUUCAAAUUGGCUGAAGGAGAAGGAGUAUAUUUGCCAGAUUUAUGUCAAAAUCAACAGAGUAACCAACGUCGCGCCAUGGUUGAGCUUAUGAGCUCUGGAGCUGCACCAGGCCCUGUUUCUGGAAUCCAUGUUUCUUCAUCUCUCCAUGCUGAUGAUUUGGCUCCAGCACCUGCUCCCGUUUCCAGCUUUAUCUAAAAAUAUUUAAUUUUGAUGUUAAAAAAUUGAAUGUAGAAGCCAGAAUAUAUAUUUGUAUUGUCAAUUUCAUUGUUGUAAAUUUCAAUACUUUGGACAAAAAAUUUGAGGUGAUUAGUGGUUAAAAA